AAAACGACUUCCAAGAAGUCCGAUGCGAUAAAGUGUUCGAGGCGAUGCGCAAGUGUUGUGUCAAGUUCAAGCCCCUGAACUCUUCUCUUGUAUGCGAGGGUUACGACCUGGAACCGCGGAAGUACGCCCAGGUCACUGAUCGACCGGCUAAGUAAGGAAGCUAUGGAUUAUCGUCAUCGCAGCCAACCUCUAGGCAAAAGAAGUUGGAUCUACAGAUACCCAAAGACCUUUCAAUUCACGUUUACGGCUUUAGCGCUCGGGAUAUUAUUCUCAAAGCCCAUUUACGAUAUAUUCUUCAGUCCGCGCAUUCCAUUUGACUACAGCGAACCUCCUACAACGCUUCAGCGUCGCAGGGCUGAUAAUUAACUAUGGAAUCAGUCACCAAAGCUAAAGAUAGGCUAGCCAAGUAUCCCCUCAUAUUCGCCAAGUGUUCCAAACAAAGUGUUUUAUACGCCCGCUGCGUUUUGCUCAAAGAAGGUUCGGUAAAAAAAGACGACUGCGCUAAGGAGUUUGAAGAAUUCAAGACCUGUUUGUAUUCUGCCGCGAAGAGUUUGAAGACCAGAAUUUAAAAUGCACCGUUGGUUGCAAUUUAUGACCUUACCGCUAAAGUACCACCUCGUAGCGGGUUUCUUCAUAAGGCUAUUUUUGAUUGCUUACGCUGAUUUCCACGAUAAAACUUACGAUGUUGGUUACACUGAUAUUGACUAUUCCGUCUUCUCAGACGCUGCUAGAUACGUUUUUCAUGGAGAAUCUCCGUACAAACGACAGACGUAUAGGUACAGCCCCAUCCUUGCCUAUCUUCUUGUUCCCAACAUGAUCCUGGGCAAACAUUUUGGGAAAAUUCUGUUUUCAACUUUUGAUAUUUUGAUAACCGUCGCUGUGAAGACAUUGGUUGAACAUCAGCUAGGACCAAAGAGCGCUUCUACUAAUAUCCCGAUGUACUGCUCAUUACUGUGGCUUUACAAUCCGCUCAGUAUUGGUAUAUCGACCCGUGGUAACGGAGAUUCGGUGUCUUGUUUCACUAUUAUACUAUCCCUUCUUUUUUUACAAACCGACGUAGUCAAGGGUUUAAAAAAAUAUACUCUAUCGGGAUUUUUUCUCGGUUUAUCAACUCAUCUGCGUAUUUACCCUCUCGUGUUUAGUUUUCCAAUGUACCUUAGUUUAGGGAUUUCUAAAAUUCCUCGUAAAACUACCUGGAAACAGGGACUGAUGAUCCUGUGGCCCAAUAUGAACCAGCUAACGUUAGCUUUGAGCUGUGUGGUAACAUUACUCAGCGUAACAUACAGUAUGUGGGCUUUGUACGGUUAUGAUUUCCUCUACGAAACUUACUACUACCACGCGUCCAGAGUGGAUAUACGUCACAAUUUCUCUGUGCUUUUCUACUACUCUUAUUUGAGCACGAACCAGAUUGCCUUCGACAUAGUGAAGCACGUCACAACUUUAUUCAAAGCGGUCAUUUUGUUCAUCUUGAGUAUUAAAUACGGAGCUGAUCCCAGGACGUUGCCUUUUGCACUGUUUUGUCAGACAGUGGUGUUGGUCGCCUUUAACAGCGUUAUGACGUCACAAUACUUCGUCUGGUUUCUCUCUUUGCUUCCAUUGGUGGCUCAUUCGUUCCGUCUCAGUAUAAGAAAAGCUAUACUCCUGACCAUAGUGUGGGUGACCGCGCAAGGCGCUUGGCUGUUUUACGCAUACUUAUUAGAGUUCAAGGGUAGGGAAGUCUUUUUCCUGAUUUGGCUCAAAGGAAUUGUUUUCUUUUGUUCAAAUAUUUUUGUUUUAGUACAACUAGUAAAGAGUUACACAAUUGGGUACGGCUUUGGCUACGGUCAUGCCGCUCAUUUGAAAACUCAGUAGCGAUACUGGUCAGUAUCAUUAGAUAAUAAAUUAUUUGUAAUUAUAGAUAGUUUUUUAGUAUUUUGUCAUGAAAUUGUGCACAUGGUGUAAAAUAAAAAAAAUGCAUUGGA